AUGCCUCCCUCGGUGCCGAAUCUCACUGGCUCUUCCGAUGCCGCAAAAAUCCCCUAUGGUAACCACAGAUCCUUCCCGAGGGAGUUGUAUCCCCAGUAUGGAGGCCACAAAUCAGUCAUUUACCGCUCGUCCGACGGCAAGAUCGCUGCUGGCACCGCCCUGGAAAGCGGCACGGGGUCACUCACGUAUCCUUGCGAUGAGUUCUUCUAUGUUACGGAAGGAUGGGGCGACUUCAAGAUCGACGGGGGAGACAGCUUUAGACUCACCAAGGGUGACUGUAUAUAUAUCACCAAGGGAACGACGAUAGACUAUGUUCUUAGCACUGACUUCUGGAACGUCGCCGUCUUUAUUGACAGCGAGAGGAUUACUCAGUUCUAG